AUGAAUGAUUAUUGAAUAAAGUAUAUUUUUUAUGCAGGAAGAUGAAAAAUCGGGUUGCAGCACAAACCGCCAGGGACAGAAAAAAGGCAAGAAUGGCAGAACUUGAAGAACAGGUGUCAGAACUUCAAACAGAAAAAAAAGUGUUAUUGCUGACUAAUAUUGAACUAAGGAAUAAGAAUGCUAUCUUAGAAAAAGAAAAUGCAGAAUUAAAGCUCCGGCUUGGCAUACAGAAUGCUGAUGAAACUUUGAAAGAGGCCAAGAAGGAAAAGGACGAAGCAUCUGAUUGUGCACAUCCCAGAGUGUCUGACUGCAAGUCUCUUGAGUAUGCAUCACUCAUUAAUGAACCUCUGCAGAAGGGACAGGACAUGCAGAUUCUUACUCUCUGGAUGAUGCAAUACGUUUACUUACCAGCUGUAGCGAGACUGAUGCUCUUCUUGAUCUACUACAGCAGUGUAGCGAAGAUCUUAUGCAGUAUGAGGAUUCCAGCAGCAACCUGUGUCAAAAUGGAGAAGACAGAAAGAACAUCUCAGAUCCAAAAGUGGUGGGGACCUCAUCAAAAAGCGUGGAAUCCCACAAAGAACUGAUUCAUUUCGACCACAUUUAUUAUAAGCAGGAAGAAGCUGAUGCCUGUCCAGAUGUCAGUACUGCUUUGUCUUUACCAGAAAGUGAAUUAUCCACAAAGGAAAUAAAUUUGGACCAAUCUCAUAUUAGUGAAUCAGAUUGUGUUGAAAUUACAGAUUCUACAGACAUUCCAACUAUUCACAUUACUUCUGAAUCUGAUUCCUUCAAUCCUGUUUUGCAUUUUGAAAGUGAAGUGUUUCCUGUGGAUGAUUUCAAUAGUCAGUUGCUGUAUCCUGCUGAUACCACCCGGUGUGUUAGUCCAACAUCUAGUGAUGCAGGGUAUGAUUCUUCAUUUUCAGCGUCUUCACCUUCCAGUGCAAGCACGUCGUGGGAUGAAACGCUAACAGAACUUUUUCCUUCUUUGGUGUAACAUGGUGUGGUGAUGGACAUUUGAAAUCCUUUAAAGAAUUAAUAUAUUUAAAAAAUUUUAUAUAUUGUAUAUAUAUGGUGCCUUUGUGAAUAAAAUCACUUACUGUGUAAA